AUGGAUUCUCUUAAAGAGCUUAUAAAUUCUAAGAAAACGGAGCUCAGGAAGAAACUAGGUAAGUAUUAUGACAGAUAUAGCUAUUCAACUGGUUCAUUAAUGACUUUUUUGUUUCAAAUCUACUUAGACAAUCGAAAAUGGGUUUCUCAGAGCGAAUUGCAGGACUAUGAAAGGCAGGAAUAUAUUAAAAGGCAGAAGGAAAAGGACCUGAAGAAAGUUAAAAAAGAGAAUAUUAAGGCCCCACAUUAUUCAAUUUCAGAAAGUAUAUCGAGGGAAAGUAUAGAUGAUCAGAGGAAAGAUGUUAAUUUUUCUGUUGAAGAUGUUCAGAAAAGUAAUCCAAAACACUUAGAAGAUAGAUCAGAAAAUGUAUUUUUGGGUAUUUCUAUACAAAACAAGGAAACUAUAAGAAGAUUGAGACUACUUGGGGAACCAAUCACUUUGUUUGGAGAAGGUGAUAUUGAGAGAUAUAAUAGAUUAAGGAGGUUAGAGUUCCAAGGUAGAACGAACGAAGAAAUGAAUAUUGGUCAACAGAAUAUUUUUUUGCAUGGAUUUGAUCCAAACAUCUCUCUUUAUUCUGUAAGCGAGGACCACAGAAAAGUAGAAAUAUAUGAGGAAUUUGAACAUAUUGAUGGGGAAAGCAAUCAGAAGUUCAUUCUUAGAUGGAUAGAUACCCAACUAAAAGAGUGGGAGAAGUUGCUUAAAUCCCGAAAAAAAGUAGAAUCUGAAACUGAAAAAGGUAGACAAGAUUCUGCUCAGUAUUACCAAACAAAAAGAGACAUCCAGCCUUUAAUUAAUUCACUAGAAACCUCGGAUGGAAAAGUUGAUCAAGAGGUUCUCGACAAAUUAUUCGAAAUUGUGACACUAUGUAACCAAAGAGAUUACAACAAAGCUCAGGAUAAAUAUAUUGAAUUGGCUAUUGGAAACGCUCCUUGGCCAAUGGGCGUAACUAUGGUAGGUAUUCACGAAAGAGCAGGAAGAACAAAAAUCUUUUCUUCUCAUAUUGCUCAUGUUUUGAAUGAUGAGACAACAAGAAAAUAUAUUCAAAUGUUUAAAAGAUUGGUUACUCAUUGUGAAUCAAAAAGACCGUCUAGGGAGCUACAAAAGAAAAGUAUCUAG